UCUCAUAAUCUUUUCAGACACCCUGGAACAACAUGAAUCAAGAUUACUACAGGUCCUUAACCGUAUUAAAGAGUAUGGGUUAAAACUAUCACCAGAAAAAUGUAAAUUUUUCCAAACCUCCGUUAAGUAUCUUGGUCAUAUUGUCUCCCAGCAUGGAGUUGAGACAGACCCACAGAAGAUUGAAGCCUUAAAGACCUGGCCAGUACCCGAGAAUCUCAAGCAGCUGCGCUCCUUCCUGGGCUUUUCUGGGUACUAUAGACGGUUUGUGAAAGACUAUUCAAAGAUCACCAAACCUCUAAACGACCUCACAGCAGGGUACCCACCUCUCAGGAAAAACAGUCAAGGAAGAGAAAAAACUCACCUGUACUUCCAUCCGAAGGAAUCCUUUGGGAAGAGGUGGACUUCAGAUUGUCAAAGAGCGUUCGAGGAGGUCAUUGACAAGCUCACCACCGCACCUGUCUUAGGAUUUGCAGACCCCAAACUCCCAUACGUCCUUCAUACUGACGCAAGUACGACAGGGCUUGGUGCAGCCUUGUAUCAAGAACAAGACGGACGGAUGAGGGCUAUUGCUUUCGCAAGCAGAGGAUUGACGAAGAGUGAGGCGAAAUACCCUGCCCAUAAACUGGAAUUUCUCGCUUUAAAGUGGGCUGUCACUGCUAAGUUUAGUGAUUACUUGUACGGUACUGACUUCACUGUUGUCACUGACAGUAAUCCCUUAACCUACAUCCUGACCUCCGCAAAGUUGGAUGCCACAAGUUACAGGUGGCUGUCCGCUCUGUCAACAUACAACAUACAAAGCAACGAGCCGAUCCUGAUCUCAGAGUGGUCAUCGAGCACAAGGAGUCUGGAGACAUGCCCUCACCCACCCUGAGACAAGAGUUUCCAGAGCUUGUUUUGUGGCUCCGAGAGUGGAAGCGCCUAGAGCUGAGAGAUGGAGUGUUAUACAGGGCACGGCAAGAAAAUGGACGAGUCACACAUCAGCUUGUUCUACCAGCUGAACUUAUAGCCACAGCACUGAAAGGCUUACAUGAUGAUCUAGGUCAUCUAGGCAUGGAGCGGACCCUCGACCUUGUGAGGUCACGAUUCUACUGGCCUAGAAUGUCAACUUAUGUAGAGCAAAAGAUCAAGACGUGUGAACGUUGUGUGCGCCGAAAGACUCCAAACGAGAGAGCAGCUCCCUUGUGUAACAUCAAGGCCAGCAGGCCCUUGGAGCUGGUCUGCAUGGACUUUCUAUCAGUGGAGCCUGAUCGGAGCAACACAAAAGACAUAUUGGUACUGACAGACCAUUUCACUAAGUACGCAGUCGCCAUUCCAACUCGAAACCAAAAGGCGCAGACUGUGGCUAAGUGUUUAUGGGAAAACUUUCUGGUGCAUUAUGGGUUUCCGGAAAAGCUUCUGAGUGACCAGGGUCCAGAUUUUGAAUCUCGCACCAUAAAAGAACUGUGCUCCAUCGCUGGCAUUCAAAAAGUCAGGACUACCCCUUACCACCCCAGGGGGAAUCCAGUGGAGAGAUUCAAUAGGACCCUACUCCAGAUGUUGGGCACUCUGGAAAAUAAGGACAAGUCUCAUUGGAGGGAGUUUGUCAAGCCUCUGGUGCAUGCUUAUAACUGCACACGGAAUGACGUGACCGGAUUCAGUCCCUACGAACUAAUGUUCGGCAGACAACCCCGGCUUCCAGUUGAUUUGGCGUUUGGUCUACCUUCCAGCCGUGAACCCAAGUCACAUUCCCAAUAUGUGCAUGACUUAAAGGGCCGCCUAGAGGAAAGCUACCGAGUCGCCACAGAGAAUGCCUCAAAGACAGCUGAGCGUAACAAACAGCGGUUUGACAGGAGAGUUGUUGAGUCCACUCUUGAAACAGGAGAUCGUGUCCUUGUGAGGAAUGUUCGAAUAAGGGGGAAACACAAGUUGGCCGAUAAAUGGGAACCAGACGUUCACAUAGUGGUUAAACGUGCUGGUGACCUACCUGUGUACACUGUUAAAUCAGAAGGGAAAGAUGGACCACUUCGCACUUUACACCGUGACCUCUUGCUGCCGUGUGGAUUCUUACCUGUGGCUGUGUCCGAACAAUCUCCAAAGCAGACUAUCAGCAAACCCAGAACAAGGAGACAGUCGAGAAUGGAAGUCACAGCCGGAUCUGAAGUGGCAGAUGGUGAUUCAGAGUCAGAAGACAGUGACUACUAUUGCUACUUACCUGGAGAGGCACUGAACACUGACCUUAUUGAGACACGGGUUCCGACCCUGCCAGAGACAGUACCUGAUAGGGAGAGAAAUGCUGGAGAGACAAAGCAACCAACCCUGUCUUCAGUUGGUUGGCUUCCUGCUCCUGUCAAUUUGGAAGGAAAGACAGAGACAUCAAUCAUUGAGGAACAGAACAGAGAAAAAAGACAUGGACCUGAAAGAGAGACAAUACAGCAGAUACCUGUGGGGAUCAUUCCAUCCCAAUCAGAGAAACCUCCAGUUUCCGGGGAUGAUACCUCAAAUGAGCCAAGUUCUGACCGACCAAACUGUUCUGAAUGUAAAGGAACCUCAGCAGUUGUUGAUCAGGAGGCUGAGGUCACCUCAAGGCACAGAGAAGCUGAUUCCCCCAAAGUGAGAAGAGCUCUGUUUGGAAACUCUCAGGACACCCCCUCUGACAGUUCAAGACAAGAGGAUGAGACCUUACCCAUCCAGCUGAGCAUGUGGGAGUCUCCCUCAGAACCAAACAUUCUGGACGAAAGUCUUCCUGUUUUCUCAGACCUGUCAUUCAGUGAUACCAGCAAGGAUGAAGGAUGCUUUGUCAAUAAACCUUGUGAGGAUGUGUCAGUCGACAGGACCAAUGAGGCAAUAGUAGCUGGGACAUCUGGAAGAAGAACCUCUCCAGUCAUCAUGGGAGGGAGUGAUGGUGACAAUGUUCCCAGACGUUCUCAGAGGCAUAGAGAACAACCUGAAAGACUACAGUAUGGUCAACUGGGAAAUCCCUUGCUGUCUAUAGUCCAAUCACUCUUCCAAGGCCUCAACCUUGCCUUUGCUGACGCACUCCAGAAUCAUGGCUAUGCAGAUAUCCCCCAAGUAACCCCAAGGCCAACUCAUAGUCAUGUGGGUGUAAUGGGACAUACACACCUUUAGAAGGGGAGGGUGUAACCCAGGUUACUAGGCCCUUAUUAGAAGUCCAGUCUAUCAGUUAGUUGAUUAGAUCAAAAAAUUAAUAAAUUCAUAUUUUCUAUGUGACAGAUAAAUACAUAGAGUUUGAUUUAAAAUAAUCUUACACGAAGUGAAUAAAUAGGAUUUAGGAUUAAAAUCUUAAAUAUGUCAAUAAAUAAAUUAAUAGAUUAUAAGAAAUUAAUAUAAACGGGUUAUUCAUGUCUGUUUACAAAUAAUAUUUUGUUUAUUUAAAGUGUGGUGAAUGUGCCUUUCUGAAAGUGUGAAAGAUUCGGGUGACAUUGGGAGUUCACGUGAUGUAACGUAGCGUUACCAAGGAGACGCCGUCAAGGUGUGCGUGCUGUCGUGUUUUUCUCUCUCUCUGCCGGACCAACGUCAAGGUGGCGUCAUGCUAACCUGUUGCUGCAGAUAUCACUGUUUUGUGUAAGAGAGCCAAAUAUUCCAACGUCUUCCCAACGUUAAUUUUAUCGUCGGUGCAGAGAGCGAAGCUUUUCUUCUUGAUUAGCGGACCGUGUGUUUUGUGACAGACGAAGGAGAACGUGAGUUGUGUUUAUUAGCAGCAUGGCGCUAGCCCGUGCUAUUAGCCACAUUUACUCCGCUAAAUUCUGUUUUGAGGUUAUACGUUACUGAACUCCCGUGUCCCUGUCUCUUCAAAAAGUGAAACCUGGACUGAUGAGAGCUGUGUUCUGCCUUGUACCCGGAGUGUGUGUAUAUGUGAUGCUUGAGCCUCUGGUGAGUAAACUUUACUGAAGUUAGACUGAUAAAUGGAGUUGGAAGGUGCAAUUGCUAAUGUUAAUAGGAAUUAACGAGGCAUUAAUUUCAUGUAUGUUGUGUCAGAAAUAUGUUUCUGUGUUUUAUAUUACGGUGUUUUGUUUACCCCCACUCUGUUUCUCUGAGAGUGAGUGGCGGGGAGAAAGAAAUGUUAAGCAUUUUGUCUCAUGUUAAUAAUGAGAAAUGUGUUCAGUUCAUUUAAUGCACAGUAAAGAGUAGUUAAAAUUAUUAUCAGGGAACAAUGUUACAAUAUAUAUGUAUAAAUAUGUGUUCAUAUGCAUUUAUUUACAUUUAAAAGGAUAUUUUCUUUAUAUGAAUAUUUAAAUAACCCUCUUUUGGCCUUUAUAGGCCGGGUCUUAUUUUCUUUGGUUGGAUUCCUGGGUUGAGAUCUGCAUGAAGAUGACUUCUUCUUCUUCCGCUGGGAUUUCCCCCAUUCUUUAGAGUCCAACAGACUCUGUGUGCAGGGGUCAGACACGAGCGCCCAUAAAUAACCUGAGUGUUUCCUCUCCUGCUGUCAGUACAGCUGAGUUGAGAUGAUGUCCGGUUGGUCUGUGGUUGUGUU